UGGCCGACGGGCGUGACAGGCCAUUUAUCGCAGGACCAUGCAGCUGCCGCCCGCGCUGCACGCCCGCCUGGUGGCGGGCCCCGGGAGCGCGGAGCCGCUGCCCGUGGAGCGGGACCCUGCCGCCGGGGCCGCACCCUUCCGCUUCGCGGCGCGCUUGGUGCGCUUCCCGCGGGAGCACGAGUUCUUCGAGGAUGGGGACGUGCAGCGGCACCUGUACCUCCAGGACGUGCUCACACAGGUGGCCGAGGCGCCGGAGAGGCCCAGGGUGCCCGAGUUCGCCUGUCAGGUGGCGGGCUGCUGCCAGGUCUUUGACACCCUGGAGGACUACGAGCACCACUACCACACCCAGCACAGAAACACGUGCUCCUUUUGCAAGCGGGCCUUCCCCUCGGGACACCUGCUGGACAUCCACAUCCUGGAGUGGCACGACUCCCUCUUCCAGAUCCUGUCCCAGAGGCAGGACAUGUAUCAGUGCUUGGUGGAAGGCUGCACGGAGAAGUUCAAGACCAGCAAAGACAGGAAGGAUCACCUGGUGCGACGUCACCUCUACCCUGCGGACUUCCGGUUUGACAGACCGAAGGAAGGCAGAGGCCCAGCCACACCCACAGCCUCCCUGCAAGUGUCGGCGGGAGCCCCCGGGGACAACGGGAAGCAGUCGGAAGGGGACGCCAUGGAAGUCUGCUCCGAACACACGCUGCCCCCCACGGAGCCCACGGGUGAGAGGCGGGCCUGCAGCCGCAGAAUACCUCCUACCAUCUGUUUUGGUCAUGGCGCAUCACGUGGGUUUAAAAGCAGCAAGAAAAGAAACAAGCACCAGUGACGACCGAGGCCGAGGGGGCACUGGCGGGGGGCGGGACUGGCACCCCCAAUGGACCUGGAGUCAGCAGGGAGCUUUGUCUCUCGCCUACUCGUGUGGCCACCCGAGCACCAGACCUCUGCCACCUCCGUGUCUUGGCCCCUGAGUGAGUGGCCAGGUGGCAGCAGCAGCCAGCGUCAGCAGUGAGAGACCGCAGUUCCGGGGCUGGCCCUGACCUGUGCUCCAGCCCACCUCCCUCUGGGGGCCACCCCCCAGAGGCCCUUCUG